GUUGAGAGAAGCGGCCGGCGCGGCGCCGCCGGAGGGUAUAAAAGAUGGCAAGCCCAGAUAGAAGUAAGCGGAAGAUACUAAAAGCCAAAAAAACAAUGCCUGCAAGUUGCCGGAAGCAAGUGGAGAUGCUGCAUAAGUCAAAGAAUGCCGAAGCCCUGAAAACAGCAAAUGGGAAUAAUGUGUCAAGUGGUAAUCAGAAUUCAAGUACUGGUGUCAUAAACAGCAAACGUGGACAUUCUGAAAAUGCUUCUUUAUUGAACUCUAACAAAAAUUCAGUAUGCUCAGAGGAAAGUAAAGCAUCUUCUCAAAAAGUAAUGAAACCACUAGAAAUUGUUGAUUCAGGAACAAGAUUGGAAUACACUGAAGAACAAGUUGUGUGCCCUUACCAAAAGCCAAGUAAAACAGUUCAAUCUUCCAAGAAACUUUUUACACAAAAGGCAAAAGAUUCACAAAACACUUCUGAAAAUGAUACUGAAUGUCAGACAGAUGUAACAAAAUCCUGUUUUGAACAACACAAAGAAGAUUGUAAUCUGAAAUCCAUUUGCUGUCCAUCUAACGUAUUGAGUGGUAUGGUUCAAAUGCCCAAAACUAUAGCCAACAAUACUUUGGAUGAUAAGAGAAUUGACAAGAUAGUUUCCUAUUUACAAACAAAUUCCAAAUCUGAGUCGUGUGAUAAAAGACAAGGUGACAUUUUAAGUUCAGAUACCCGUUUUGUGUCUGUUGAUAAAAUACCCAAGUUGGUGAAUUCAGUCCUUUCCAGUAACUGUGCUACCAACAUUCUGAAAAGUGAAGAAUCCCGUAGAACCUGUCAUUCCAACAUUUCAAAUUGUGAAAGUAUAGACUCAACACGGCUGUCAGCACUUGAUGCUGAUAGUAAUAACAGCCAUAAUCAAAAGAAGAGGAUGUUUUCAGAAAACAAAGAAAGUGUUAAGCGUGUGAAAACUUCAGAGCAAAUUAAUGAAAAUAUUUGUGUAGCUCUGGAAAAGCAAACAGCAUUGCUGGAACAGGCUACACUCACUGCCAACUGCAGACUGUACCUAGGAUUUCCAUCAGCUACCAUAAUUUUGGACACAGUACCAUCAGCAGAAGACAUUUAUGAGGUCAAACAUUUGAUUCGACAGGAGAUCUGUAGUAUAAAUUACAAACUAUUUGAUGAUAAGCUGAAAGAAUUGACUGAACGCAUUGGGAAGACACAGUGCAGGAAUAAACAUGAAGCCAUAGCUGAUGAACUCUUCGCAAAAAUAUCAAAACUUCAAAGACGUAUUAAAGCAGUAUUGCAGUCUCAGAAGAACUGCUUGGAAACAAAUGUAUUAACCAGUAAUACAGCCUGCAAGGCUACAAGUUCAGAGACCAUGAAUUUGGAUAAGAAUUCAGAGUCAGUCAGUAGUCCAGAUGAAGGAAAGAAUUCUGUGAGCUCUGAACCUUCUAACCCUUCAGAAGAAGCAACUGAAAAGGUUAAUUUAUCACGGGAUCAUGAUGAGGCUGUUUCGGAAAGUAACAAUGAUGAUGUUAUGUUGAUUUCUGUGGAAAGUCCUAAUUUGACAACUCCAAAUACAUCAAAUCCAACAGAUACUGGAAAAACCAAAUCAGGAAAUUCUAGUACUUCACCUGGUGCUAAAACAGAAGUUACGGCUGUAGAGAAGAAAAAAUUCGAUUCUGUGAUUGAUCUGACGAAAGAAGCCCUAUCAAACUGCAACACAGGAAGUUCAGCAUCCGCCAUGGAGUCACCUGCAAAAGCUGCUUUGAUCUCGAAGGAGACAACCCCCGUGGCACAAAAUGCAGCCCAGGUUCUUGAGUCCUUUGAGCACUUGCCACCUCUCCCAGAGCCGCCGCCACUACUCCCUGAACUGGUGGACAAAAUCCGGGACACGCUUCCUCCCCAGAAGCCCGAGCUCAAAGUGAAACGGGUGCUGAGACCCAAGGGCAUUGCCCUGACUUGGAACAUCGCCAAAAUCAACCCCAAAUGCGCUCCCGUGGAAAGCUAUCACCUCUUCCUCUGCCACGAGAACCCUAGCAAUAAGUUGAUUUGGAAGAAAAUUGGAGAAAUUAAAGCUCUGCCCCUCCCCAUGGCCUGUACUUUAUCUCAGUUUUUAGCUUCCAACAAAUAUUAUUUUACUGUCCAAUCAAAAGACAUUUUUGGGCGCUAUGGACCAUUUUGUGAUAUAAAAUCUAUCCCUGGGUUUUCUGAAACUCUUACCUAAAAAAAAAAAAAAAAAAAGGCUUUGGUAAAUUAUAUUGUAGCGCAUUGUUUUGUUUUGUUUUUUUCGUGUUUGAGUUGUUGGUUUACGAUGUUCCUCUAACACUGUUUGCCAUCGUCAAGGGCCAGUCCAGAUUGUGAACCCUUUGUAUAGGGCAGUCCUCUUCCCUGUGUCAAAAGUGGCCUCUAGUUUCGUGAAUUUCUGAUUUGCACCCCGUAAGUACUCCCAGUGGGUAUGUUCUACAACGUACUGUCGCUGGGCAGUGUCGUGCACAGUACCGCUGCCCACGAACCCUGGCGUAUGAGCUGCCCCCGGCGCCUCGGCCAGCAGUCCGCUGUCGGGCACCCGCGUCUGUGGUCAGUGCAGGUUGGUGAAAAACCCGCUCUUCGGAGGCAGGCUCGUCUGUGGGGUUCAUCUCCCCAAGAUCUUAUGUAAAUAAGUGUCUUCUCAUUCUGUUCAAAAUCUAAGGGCCAUGAAUUUGCCCUCUCCAUUGUUUUUCUUUUUUGGCUACCCAGUCACUUGGAAAACGAGUCUGGAGGUUUUCCCUAAAUCUGUUUGUAUAUUUAGGUACGUAAUAAAAUCAG